UAAAACGGAAGUGAUUUUAGUCCAUCCCAUAGUUUUGUCUCGCGAGAACAUUCUACCGCUGUCAGAGUUCGUUCGAAGUAAAGUAGCAUUUGGCAACAUCGAAUAGCAGGGUUCAAGAUGCUCAGAGCUGUCAACAAAACACAUUUCAAACAGUUGUCUGGUCUCCUCCAGAGGUUUCAAAGCACCUUGGUGGUGGCAGAACACAACAAUGACAAGCUGACCCCCAUUACGCUGAAUGCUAUCACUGCAGCCAAGAAACUGGGAGGAGAUGUGUCCUGUUUGGUUGCUGGAACAGACUGUACAAAGGUUGCACAGGAAAUCAGCAAAGUCCUGGGUGUGAAGACAGUUUUGAUUGCUCAAAAUGAUGCUUACAAAGGCUCUCUGCCAGAAGCGUUGACUCCACUUAUCCUGGCAACCCAGAAGCAGUUCAACUUCACCCAUAUUUGUGCUGGAGCAUCUGCCUUUGGGAAAAACCUGCUGCCCAGACUGGCUGCCAAGUUGGAUGUUGCUCCUAUUUCAGACAUUAUCGAGAUCAAAUCCCCUGACACCUUUGUCAGAACCAUCUAUGCUGGAAAUGCUCUCAGCACUGUCAAGUCUAAUGACAAUAUCAAGGUUUUCACUGUCAGAGGGACAUCCUUUGAGCCCGCUGAGGUGGAGGGAGGCAGUGCUACAUCAGAGGAAGUUGCUGCGUCCGCUCCUGCUGGGAUGUCCGAGUGGCUGGAAGCGUCCUUGACCAAGAGUGACCGUCCAGAGCUGACCAGUGCAAAGGUUGUGGUGUCCGGAGGAAGGGGCCUGAAGAGUGGAGACAACUUCAAGCUGCUGUAUGACCUUGCUGACAAAAUGAAUGCCGCAGUUGGUGCUUCCAGAGCUGCUGUGGAUGCUGGAUAUGUCCCCAAUGACAUGCAGGUUGGACAGACUGGCAAGAUCGUGGCCCCCGAGUUGUACAUCGCUGUUGGCAUCUCUGGAGCUAUUCAGCAUCUGGCUGGAAUGAAGGACAGCAAGACUAUUGUGGCCAUCAACAAGGACCCAGAGGCUCCCAUCUUCCAGGUGGCUGACUAUGGUCUGGUGGCUGAUCUGUUCAAGGCUGUCCCUGAGAUGACUGCAGCAUUGAGCAAGUGAGCCAAAAUUCAGCUCAGCAGCCAUAAUACCUUCACUACCUGGGUACCAAGACCACAUGGUUACAGCUCUCCUACAAUCUCUGCCUUAAUGUUUCUGGAGCUACUUUUCUGGGAACACUAAUAAUGUUAUCAUCCUCCUUCCUAAAUGGAAACAGAACAACACUGUUUAUAAACCGGACAUGUGUUUUUAUGGACCUAGCUAUGAUAAUGCCACAAAUAAUGUUUUGCUUACCUGGCGUAGGUGAUAUUUUUGUUCCCUGUUAAUGCAUAUUUUGUAAUAUGUAUUUAACGUAGCGUCAAAAUAAAGGCAAUCUUCAGGAAGUCUAAA